AUGACCUUAUCCAAGUUGUCUCUACAGGUUUUAAAUGAUUUAAUCAAAAAUGAUACAGGCUCUCUAUCUGACUCCAUUUCCUACUCCAGUUCAGUGUCCAACUUCAACUAUAUAAACGAUACUAACUUUAAUACUAGCAAUAGCAAAAACAGUACCCAUAAUGAUACUGAUUCUUACAAAAACGGUAAGGGCCGUAAUGAUAACAAUAACGAUAACAAUAACAAUAACGAUAAUAAUAACGAUAUCACCUCCUCCUCUGAUACAACCUUAGGAAAAUCAGACCUGUUUUUAUUGGAAAAUGUUCGAACUAAUAUCAAAAAUAAUCAGAAUACUCAAAAUAAUUUCAAUAGUUCAAAUACUCUCAUUAACGAUAAUCUACCUCCUAGCCGCCCAAAGUUAAGGCUUUCAAUUAUUAAUAUCGAUAAAAAUACAAUUAUUCACAGUAAUCACAAUAAACGUAAUAACGACGAUAAUCAAACUAAAAAUGACAAUAAUCAUAAUAAUAACAUCGAUAAAGAUACUCAUAUGGACAUUGACAAUGAUAAUAUUGAUAUUGAUUCUGAUUAUGAAUUUGAUAUUAUUGAUUUAACCAAUAAUAACAGUAAAAACUCUAAACACUCCAAACACAACACCAUCUCUGAUUCCAAUAAUGAAAAUCAAAUUGAUGAUAUAGAAAUUGACCCCAUAGAAAAACUCAACUAUUUGAUCGAUUUUAAAAAAUCAGAACUAAUCUAUCUAGAUAAUUUACUAAACUAUUCUAUCAUUUUAAACUCCAAUUUGGAUGAUCUAAUCGACUCUAAAUUUUUAAAUAACGAGUAUUACUACAUCAACGAUGAUAACAAUAUCAAUCCUAAUAACGUUAACAUCAAUGACAUAAACCAAAAAUACCUAUUUAAUGAUCAAAAAGUAUUACUAAACUCUGUCAAAUCCUUAUUGAAUCUACACAAUGAAUUACUAAUCUAUUUAAAAAACAACAUCAUAAACAUCAAUACUACUACUACUACUAAUAAUAAUAAUAAUAAUAAUAAUAAUAACAAUAAUAACAAGAUCAUUAAUAACAACCUAGACUCUUUAAUUUACCAAAUCUCAAUUUGGUCCCUUAAAAUUUCAAUCAUUUACAAAUCUUACAUAGACAUCUCCUCCUCUUUUCAUCAGUUUCUAGAAUCAAAUCAAGAAUCUGUCUAUAAAAAGAAACCCAUCAUCAGAUUAAAAUACUUGCUUCAAUUCUUUAACAAUUUGUUAAAUCUAUACUCAAAUAACAUCUUUUUAAACAAUUAUUCAAACUCAAAUAAUAACAAUAAAUUACUAAUUAAAAAAAUAAUUGCAAACUUUAACAUAUCGAUCCCAAAUCUAUCAAAUCAAAUAAACAACAUCUCCCAUAAUAAAAAUAACUUGUUUCCAAUCACUAUAAAUAACUCAAAAUUCGAUCAAAAUAUUCUAAAUUUUAAUCAAGUAAGAGAUAUUUACACCCUAAGAAAUUGCUCCUCCUUUAUCAAUACCAACAACAUUAUCAAAAGAGAUUAUUUUGAAUUUCAAUUUUACCACAAACUAGAUUAUACAACAAAUAAAAAACUAAUUGAAUGCUUUUUGUUAUCAAAUGAGCAAAUCAAUAAUAACAAUGCUAUUAUCACAAAUAACAACAGCGAUAGCGAUGAUAGCAAUUCACUAAAUUUCAACUCAAUUGAUUACAAUAGAAUAUCUGCUUUAGCUAUUUGUUCAGUUGAAUCUAUUGGCAGAAACUUAUUAUUCCCUCCCUUCAGAAAAAAUGAAUUGAAAAUUCUCUCAAUAACUUCAAACCCUGAUAUUAAUCAAAUUUCUUUAACUGUACCUGAAAACAUCAUCGACUAUUUACCCCUAAAUAAAAAUAACAAUCAUAUUAAUACAAAGAUUAAUGAUCAAUAUGAUGACGAAAAUGAGUUUAAUAAAAAUAAUAAAAUAUCAAUCAAGUUAUCUUGUCCAGACUCUAUUCAGUUUAAAAAUUGGCUAAACAUUUUUAACCAUUUAUUUGAUUACGAUAAUUCUUUUAAAAAACUCAAUUUUGAAAAAUCCUUUUUUCAAAAAUACAAACAAACAAAACAAAACCUUAUGUUUCAAGAUGGCUUGGGUUUAACCUAUGAUCCAUUUAUCACUCGUGAUAACAACAAUCAUUAUUAUUUUAAACAUCAUCAUAAUAAUAAUAACAACAACAACAACAAUAAUAAUAAUAAUAAUAAUAAUAACGCAUAUAAAUAUAAUGACACUAAAAAAAAUCAAUCUAUUGAUAUAAAUAAUAAUAACAUUAACCAUGAUUUACUUCAUGCAAAUCAUGAUAGAUCUUUAUCCGCCAUAAACACUCUAAGAAUAGCAAGAUCAACACCAAAUUUUACUUCUCAUUUAUCAACAUUAUCAUCACUCAAAAAUGAUACUAAUAAGAUCGAUGAGAAAUCUAAUGAUAUUGACAAUAACUUGGACAAACCCCAAAUAGCAGGUUUAUCAUCAAAUAAUGUCACUCCAGAUAGUGAAUCGAACACAUAUCUGCCUUCAAUUGAUAAUUAUAAUGAUAGCAGUAUUAAUGGAACAAGCCCAUCCAGUUUCAUUACAACUGAUGAUGAAAAUGAAAAUGAUCAAAUAAUUAAAACACCCAUAAUUGAAGAUAUCGAGUUUGUAAAUAAUGGCAAGGCAGAAAUUUUAGAUAUUAGAAGAUCCAUUAUAUUUCUCAAUAAUACCUCAAAAGAAGGCGUUUCCAAUAAUCUAAGCGAGACUAGUUUGAAAUUAAUAUCAAUACCACCCAAAAAUAAAAGAAAUUCUGUUUACAGUCAAGCUUUAAAUGAUAAAAACAAGAAAAAAGAUCCUUUUGAAAAAAUUUCCUCUAAAAACUCUUUAGAAGAUUCUAAAACAAAUGAUGAUAAUAAUACUAAGGAGUCAAGCAAUACUAGGGAGCCAAGUAAUUCAGAAGUGACCAAAAAAAUUGAAAUUGAAAUUGAAAUUGAAAAUGAAAAUAAUAGUAAAAAUUCAUUAGAAACAAAUACAACGCAUAAUCGUAUGUCUGUAAAUUCAUACUCAACUAUAAAGAAUAGGAAUUCAAUGCAAUCAGCAGUUUUUGUUGAUACGCCCCCUUCAAUGAAUAUUUCUCAUAGAACGUAUGAAAGCUCAUCAGACUUGUCAGAAAUUCAUAUUCAUAGAAGCAGAAGAUUAUCAUCAAAUUCAUUGCAUUUAAGUUAUAGCAGAAACCUUUCUAGUUGCUCUGUUCUUCCAAAAAAUGAAACCAACUAUAGUCCUAAUGAAACCCGUCAUCAGGAAAAAAAUGAUAUAGUGAAUACUAUUAAGGAAAGUGAAAAUGAAGAUGAUUCUGACUUCGAUACACCCAACUUUUUGAAAUCUACAAUUAUCGAAGAAUCAGUAGAAAAAUUAAAACCUACAAUAAUUACUCCUACUGAUUCUAAAAAAAAUAGAAAAUCAAUGGUUCAUGCAUUUGGUUUAACAUGCAGAAAAUCUUUUGAUAAUCUUAAAGCUACUCUUUCAAACUCUAAAAAAGAACCAAGAGAUUUUAAACACUCAAAAGAUAAAUCAAUACAAAUCCAAAAUUCACCAUUUGAAAACGAUGAUAAAAUCUUUAAAGCUAGAAAGAAAAGAUCCAAGAGCAUUUCACAAACAUUCAAUAACACAUUUGAAAAAAUUUCUCAAAAGCAAAAACAGACAUCAAGAAAAUUGCUGAAGGAGUUCAAUAGUAGGGAAAUUUUAAAACCAGAUUUGAAAAAAACCCAAACGGAAUCAAAUGGCUAUACAUUAAAAAACACACCGAAAAUUAUAAGAACAAAAACAGAACCUUCAGAAAUAAACAAUUUACUCAAUAAACAUAAUCACAAAGUUUCAAUAAUUAAAACUUUCCCCUUCAAAAAUAGGGGCAUCUCAUCGCCAAUUGAAAGUUUAGCAACUAAAGAAUACGAUUACGCCAAUAGCCCUAGAGAAAAUAUUCGUAAAUCCAAAAAUUGGAAAGGAUUAAAGAUCAAAACAUCUCUCUCAAAUUUGAAAGGUCAUGAAAAAUUUAGGUCUGUAUCUACUCAUUUUUCAAACACUUCUACUGUUAAUUCUCAGUUUUCCGAGAACCUGUUUUCAAUUGAGGAAGAGAAUUUCUUUAAAUCCAAAUUGCUAUUAAACACAUUAUGUCAUGUUUACUUUUUAAACGAAAACAGAUGGGAAUCAUUAGAUGACAAGGAAGUGAUAACAACAGUAUCUUCUUUUCAAAAACAGUUCUUCUUAGGAUUUUUUUACAAUAAUCCAAAUUUUAAUUUUAAUAGCUCAAAACCUAUUUAUACUUUUCUUUUAUCAAAGUCAUUGGUAAUUAAAACGAUAAAUCCUAUGGAUAUUCAUAUCGUCACAUCAAAAUCAACUAAAAAAUCAAAAUCCAUUACUAUUUCUAUACGUUCAAAUCCUAAAAAUCUUACUUCAGUUAUUCGAAAUAUCGAGUGUGCUCGAAAUAACACGAUUUUUGAACUCUCGGAAAAUUCUAAUGUUUUAGGCAAUGGAAACAUUCAACCACCUAAACUAGAUCAUUCAGAUAUUUCGGGGUCCAAAGAGAGUGCCCGAUCUGCUUCAAUAGCGCUACCAGAAAAAUCGAUUCCUAUUGGCAGACAUAAAAGUGCUCUCUCUGCAAAAUUCAAGCCUUUGAAAUCAAUUUUUGCAAUCCAUUCCAGUGAACUCAGCACCUCAACAGCAUCUACAUCAAACAACUUGAAGUGGGGGCCUUCUGCCAGAACUCCUACCUCUACCCCUUCAAGUUCAGCUUUUUCAACUUCUUUCAAAAAUGAGGAUUUUCCUGAAAGUUUGCGUGAUUUGGAUAAAAUAGAAGAAAUGAUGGAGAAAAAUCACAAAAAAAUUGAUGUAACUACAUUGAAGGAACAACAUAAUAUAGUUAGAUCCGUAAAAAUUAGAUUACAUACCAAAAAUUCUCAAGAUCAAUCCAAGUGGAAACCAGUUGCUAUGGGAGUCUUAAAUAUAGCGUCACUUUCAUCACCUCAAUUAUUUAAAAUAAAAAUCACUUGCAUAAAGACUGGUGAGGUCUUAAUCAAUACUGUUAUUAGAGGAACCAAGUCUAGACGAAUUGGUCAAUCAGGGAUCUGUUUAAUUAUUCUGGAUAAGCACUUAUAUGAUUGCGAAAACAAAAAAUUUUUUGAGGAGACUCUAUUUUCAUUUAACUAUUUGAUAGAGUUGAAAAACUCUAAAGAAGCAAAUUAUUUAUUCAAAGUUUUAAACACUUUAAGGUAA